CGCAAAAUGCGCCCGCGUAACGCGUCCCUAUGUGCGCCUAAACGAAUGCCGUGCGGCGGCCGCGGCUCGAGGAGACGUUUGGUCAGACUAGAGUAGUCCGCCAGCUCAGCCAGCCCGGUGACAAGAGUCCGGCGGGUCUGACCAGCGGUCGUAGGGGGUGUGGGGGGGGGUGUUUGUUAGGAAAGCGGCGCCUCUCAUCUUGCUCGUCCAAGAUAACGUUACACUAAUUACAAAAGCGUGACAUCUUCUUUUCCUUUUCCUUUGUGUUGCUCCGACAGCCGCCUCGCCGCUUACAACGCGGUAGCAAAAACAAAUGUCAACGUUAAUAGCGAUCUGACGUUAGUGCUAGCUUUAAGCUAACUAACGUUAGCCCCAAUCAGGGCGGUUUGGGGGUUGAAGGAAAAAGUGAAUGCAGUGUCUGUUGUAAGUUAAUGUAUGUUAGCAAACAUCAGCAUUUAGAUCGUACAGUUCGCGCAGGUUAAAACGCAUUGUUUUUGAGGUUGAGGGACGUUUGACUGCACAAAAAAAAAUGUUAAUGGCUGCAUCUUGAGCUAAUGUGGCUAAGCUAGCUUGUCAUGUGUAUGCCCUGUGCAGGUCAGUAUCCAUGGAGUACUGCUAGCUAGCUAAGUAGCCCAAGUUGGCUAGGCCUGCACGGUGUUGCUGCUGCUCGGUGUACAGUGUUGCCCUUUUUGGUUUUCACAUGUUUCUUUGCUUUGUAUUCAUUGCAAUGUCAAGUUGCAAAGUAUUGUUGCGGAAUAGAUUCCUCUCACCAAGAUGCAGCCCGAACCAAACAGUAACGUUAGUUGUUGCACAAAUAUAUCUUACUUACUUACUUUUCCAAAUGAUUUACUCUGUUUUGCACUUAUUAACCUCAUUAGUUGGAAACGGUGAGCUUGUUGGCCCAAAUCCUCCCGUUUGUGUUUCUAUUUUUUCAUCCUAAUUCUAUUUUAAACGAGAUCCAUGUUUCUAUGUUGUCAUUACCUUCUUAAGAAUACAUCUUUUCCAGUUGUGAAGCUCGGUGGACUUCUGGAUAUUCUCUCUCUCUCUCUCUCUCUCUCUCUCUGUAAGUUAAGGAAACUUGCCUUUGGGGGAGAUUGGAGAAACUAAUCUCUCACUUUUCUUUUUCAUACCUCAGAUGAUUCGUACCAGACCAGAAAGCACUACUAACGCCGAAUACCGCUCCAUGACCUGAUUAUGGGCUUGAGGGCCAGAUACUUAUGGAGCACCCCUAGAGCGCACCGCAGCACACAGUGAGCCGGUUAAGGUCUUAUGAGUUUGGACAGCGUGAGGAAUGUGAACCCUUCACACGAUCUUACUACUGGCCGCGGCCCGGGAAAGCUCAUUAAAGUCUAGACUUUAGAGGGAGCGUGUAUUUGAGGAGCACUGCUACAUAAGAAGUCUCGCCCGCUGCCUUGCUGUCGCAGACGCAUGCGUGAACACUUGCAUCAGUCGAUGUUGUUCGAUCAGAGAUUUUGUAUAGUGUCAUUCAUAUCUCAAAACCACAUUAUAUCUAGUAUACAACUCGCUUUGUGGCGAGAAGAUGGUUGGUUUCUCGUAGUGUCUAUGAAGCACCAUUGAGGGAAGAUGUAGUUUGGUUAGGCCUUCAUUUAUGCACUUUUCUCUUUUUGAUGUCUGGGUGCAAUAGUUUCAAUGGGUUUGAAAUCCUAAACUAACGAGGGGAUUGUGCAGAAUAAUUACCGGUGGUAUUGAGACGUCUGCGCUCUGUUCGAUUCCCACAUCAAAGGACUGCAUUAUUUCGCUGCGAGUGAAACUCUAAAAUGACUCAUUGAAAAUGAUAAGCCGGUGGAAGGAUUUUGCUCUGCGGGUUACAUAACCACACUGUGUGUUUUGUGUAUUAGCAGAUGUGCUUUUUGGGGACAGUUUUCAGCGAAGCAUGCAUCACUUUUUAAUAACUUGGAUUGUUAAGAAAAUACAUUUUCAGAGUUUUCAGAACAAACAUUCAUUUCAGCCCUCCUUGUGCCUUUUAAAAAAAUAGUGUGGAAGGUGGUGCAUGUUAAGUCAUGUUACGGCAGUGGCUUCUUGUGCAAUUUUUUUUAUUCCUGUCAUCAAGACGCAGCGUAAUCUGCUGGGCUCUGUGUUUAAGACGGCCAUGUGAGGCUGUCGGCGCAGGGCUCGCCCUCCCGUUGUGGUCUUAAGCUCUCGGAGCGCAGUGCUCCAAUUCUCAGAAAGGAUCAGAGUCAAAAUGCACAGGAAGACAGGUUUGUCUUUGUCGAGAGACACAUUCUACACAAAAGGCUUCCGCUUGUACUCGCAACACUGAUACGUCCGUUUGGCUUUAAUAACGACUCAGAAAAUUGAUUUUUAUUUUCCCCGGCUACUUUCAUUCUGCCGUAUUUACAGUCACGUGAGAUGAAGCGAUGAGCGGAACAGAACGAUUAUUUUAUUGAGUAAUUAAGUGCGAAUGAAUUAGACUGGAGAAUAAGAUUAAAUAUACGCAAAGCUUCUUGCAAUGUUGUUUCUGAUGAUUUCAGCAAGUACAGUGAUCACUGGAUCAGCGAGUGUUGUGAUAAAACAAAAGUGCUGCAGUAAAAGUAAGACACCGCUUAGAAAACAAGGGAUAGUUUCCAAAUAUAAUACGGCCUCUAAUGUUUGCUGUUAGUGUGUAGCUCUACUCUCAUUUCUCACCUUUUUGCUCCUUUUACUCUCCACUAGAACAAAGUAGUUGUCGAGGGUUUGUGAAGCGACGCCUAUUGAUGCUUUCUUUGUAAGCAGAGGAGCGCUUUUUGUUUAAAGAAAUAAAGCAAACUGUAUUUGUGAAGAGAGAGAGAGAGAGAGGAUGUUUCCCAUCUCCCAGAUAAUAAAUGUGUGUUUUUCUUUGUUGCUUAGUGAGAUUUUCUGUUGAGAUAACCGCCCUGAUGCACACUCGUUGUGAGGCCGUUUGAGGUCAACCAACUGUCAGCCAGCGGCACCCAGCCCAGAUAUACGCAAAAGCAACCAAUGCACAGAUGCCAUGAAAGCAAGAUUUAUUCAAAUAUAUUUAUAUGCACACAUUAUGAUGGUGUUUUUUUCAUUUUUUCAUUGUUAACUUGCAGAAACGUGACAAUAUUUCCAUAUGGUCCAAACUGUGCGGCGCUCAGGCUUCAUUGAACAGUUGAAAUAGUUUCCUGUGGUUGUUUAUGAGCUUCUGAGCUGUGGUUACACCAAGCUGUCUCGCAGUUGAUGGGAAGGCAAUCAUAAAGAAAGACAAGACAGUCUUCGCUUUUAUCAGCGGUGAUUGAGUUUUUAGUGUGUUUGUUAAGAUGAGAUAAGAUGUGAAGAUACGAAACAUCACUAUGAUUGAGGGAUGUUUUUGAAUUUAGCUAUUUAUUGUUUAAUAUUAUGAAGUCAUAGUCCAUUGCGAUUCAUACUGAACUCUCAAAAAUGUUCCGAUGUUGAUGUGCUCUGAACUCAUUUUCAUCACCUUAUGAUGCGAAGAUGUAUUAUUUCAUGUGACUCCAGAGAGCAAAUCAUCUCGGCAUUUAGUUUCAUAGUGAGCUGUUCCAGUUGUGGCCUUGACAUAUUAAUAACCACUCAAUAUGGUUGUAGCCAUCAGGGACAGAAUCCAACUGAAUAAGCCACUUUGCAAAGAUGUGAAUACGCAGCUUUCGAAGCGGAAUUCACCCACAUUUGUUUUGGAAGGCUGUGGUUUUGACUCCUACACGUGGAACUGAAACAUUGGUGGGCAAAUGAGGUGAUGCACUGUAAAUGGCUUUCCGGGCAACACGCGGAAGUCCCGACAGCAGUUCCAUGUCCGGCUCUGCAGCUUGAAGACACCGGCGCUCUGCAGGGGAGCGGCGUUGAGACGCAGUGAAUCUGGGACCUUCCUGCACCUCGCAUACACAUUUCAGAGGAAAUUCGCUCCAAACUUUCAGCAUCAAAGACAAAAAGCCUUUUGAUUUUUAAGUUUGAUUUUUUUUUUUUUUUUAAGCGUAUGGAGCAAAACCUGGAACGGAUUAUAUGUCUGUUGGACUGCAUUUCCUACCUGGGACAGCAUGGAUGCUGUUUUUGAAUCUGGUUGAAUAUCAAUCGCCUCGUCCCCUCCUUCCUGUCUCUCCGGUCGAAGGAGGGUGGGGGAUCGGCGUGGCGUCCCCUGCCCCUCCUGGUAGAGUAGGCUAGUCUAGCUCGGCACCAUAGCAGCAAGCCUUUUUUAAAUUUUUAUUUCCACCAACUCAUCCCUUGAUUCUUCGCUUCAUGAAAUCCUGCAAGAGCCUGAGGGAAGAGGUUUCUGUUCCUAUCCUUGGCGGGAUGUCCCAGGAGGAAGGGCGGAGGGCUUCGGUUACCCAGUCCUAUUUCCACUCCCCUAACCCAGAUCUGGACCUGGCAGGCAAGCUGUAUAAGCGGGAAGUUGGUGGUAAGCCGUAUUCUGUGUUGGUGGACAAUAAAAUGUCAACCAAGACCUCCAUGGGGGAUCAGAACAUUGGUCCGAUUCCCAUCCAACAUGUGACGCCGCAGCAGCAUCAGCAGUACUUCAGUGAGGCGGGAGUGGGGCAGGAGGCGGGGACGCACGGGUCCCAGGCUGCCAACAACCGCACCUCGGACGACACUGACGAUGACGAGGAGGAGGAGGACGACGAGGAGGAGGAAGAAGAAGAAGAAGAAGACGACGACGAUGAUGAUGAUGAAGAUGGGGAGGAGGAGAGCUUCAAGCGCGAGCAGAUCAUUGUCGAGGUUAACCUGAACAACCAGACACUUCAUGUGUCCAAGGCGGACAGCAAGACUGGAACCACAGCUGAAGACUCUGAAAGAGCUGGCAGCAACGACGACGAGGAUGACGACGACGACGAAGAAGAGGAGGAGGAGGAGGAAGAGGAGGACAGCCUUGAUGAAGAGGAUGAAGAAGAGAUGGAGAGUCAAAGAACGAGGUCAAAGAGAGCUCGCCGGGGUGACGGCGGCACGGCGGCGCCCAGCCAGCCGCUGAGAAAGAGCCUGCGGACAGCGCUGAGCAAAGCCGCCGCCGGAAUGACCACCAGGGGCCGGCGGAAGCGCAUGGAGCCUGCAAAGCGCAAACGCCGGUCGGCCCGGUCGGCCCCGUCCUCCGCCGGCUCCACGGCGACGGGGGGGAAGGCGGAGGCGGAGGAGAAGGAGAUGCUGACGUGUGAAAAGUGCCCCCGGGUGUUCAACACGCGCUGGUACCUGGAGAAGCACAUGAAUGUCACCCACAGGCGGAUGCAGAUCUGCGACAAGUGCGGCAAAAAGUUUGUCCUGGAAAGUGAGCUGGCCUUACACCAACAGACCGACUGCGAGAAGAACAUCCAGUGUGUCUCCUGCAACAAGUCUUUUAAGAAGCUGUGGUCACUGCACGAGCACAUAAAGAUUGUGCACGGCUAUGCAGAAAAGAAGUUUUCUUGUGAGAUCUGUGAGAAGAAGUUCUACACUAUGGCUCAUGUCCGCAAGCACAUGGUUGCUCACACAAAGGACAUGCCGUUUACCUGCGAGACAUGUGGGAAGUCGUUUAAACGCAGCAUGUCUUUAAAAGUUCACUCGCUCCAGCAUUCGGGAGAGAAACCCUUCCGUUGUGAGAACUGUGACGAGCGGUUCCAAUACAAGUAUCAGCUGCGCUCCCACAUGAGCAUUCACAUCGGACACAAGCAGUUCAUGUGCCAGUGGUGUGGCAAAGACUUCAACAUGAAACAGUAUUUUGAUGAGCACAUGAAAACACACACAGGAGAGAAGCCUUUCAUCUGUGAGAUCUGCGGGAAGAGCUUCACCAGCCGGCCCAACAUGAAGCGCCACCGGCGCACCCACACGGGGGAGAAGCCUUACCCCUGCGACGUGUGCGGCCAGCGCUUCCGCUUCUCCAACAUGCUCAAAGCGCACAAGGAGAAGUGCUUCCGGGUCACCAGCCCCGUGGUCCCGCAGACCAGCGGCCCGCCCAUGCCUGUGCGCGUCUUCGCCAACACCUUCUCCACCUCCUCCCCCUCCACUUCCUCCAUCUCCGGUCCCAGUCCCGCCGCCGCCGCCCCCUCGGCGCACGUGGACCUCAACCCGACAGGAGGGCAAUUGCCUCCGCGAGGCCCCGCGGGACACGCGUUCUCCCACGUGCACCUCCACUCAAACCCCUCCCACCAUCACCCCCACCCGCCGACGACCCAGCAGCACCUGUCAAACGCGCCGCAACACCCCCACCACCACCUGGCGGUGCCCCCGGUCUCCCAAAUCCCCCCACCCCCGGCCCUGUUCAAGAGCGAGCCCUUAAACCACUGUGGGCAUGAAGACGCCAGCUACAUGCACCACAUGGCUCCGCCCGACAAGGGCCCCGGGGCCCCCCAGCACCACUGAACUGGGCUCCAGCUGUGCGGGCCCCCCACCAAACCGCGCCUUUGGUCGUCCUCUCCUCGUCGUCCGGCCUCAGUCUCUCGGUUGCAGUGAUCCGAAAAUAAGUAAAGAUACACGUACACACACCUGUGUGUGACAAGCAGACACACACACUCAGUAAAAAGACUUCUGGUCAAUGUUUUCUGAGGAAAACGAGUUCUCUAUGUGUACGUUGGUGGGUGCAAAGUGUCUCCUUGCUGAUGGGGGGGCGGCGUGGGCUCGUCCAGGAUCGCCACCAUUCGGCGAUUCUCCUCGAGUUGACCAGGAGUUUCCGUGCACUUCCUGCCCACGGCGAUGCUCAAGCUGUCCUACUCAUUGACCGGUAGGGGCUCGCCCCCACAGCAAUAUUUGAUGAAUGUUGGAUCGGGUUCUGCCUGGACCUUUGACGGAACGCCUCGACCUUGGACUAGAGGGGAAACCGCAGCAGUGCAAUGGGCUAAAGUCAUAAGGGGGCGAUUUGUGUUGGUGGGGGGGGGUUGGGACGCACGCUUUGUAAAUGGUUAGUUGACUCAAAACAAGGUCCGAGAUUCACAUAACGGAUAGACGGUGCUUUCCAUUCCGGUGCGUACAGUGUUUCUUAAUCAUGCUUUUUUCCAUUUUGAUUUCCUGACGCCCAAUAUAUGACAAAGCGACGAUGUCGUGCGUUUUCGAAAGCGACGCGAGGUCUGACUGCGCGCGUCCCCCAAGCACACGCUGACAAAAGACAAAGACUCCCCUCGCUGUGUUCAGUGCAACCUCAGAGCUGUUGGUCAACCCAUGCUUUUAGAUAACGGAUGACUGUCAAAUACUGCCACUGUGAGGGGCCAGACCCGUGGCCCCAUCAGGAUUUACCCCACUUCUACCCCUUCGCUGCUGUCGAAAUGAUACGGGUUACCAUGUGAAAGGUCAUUUGACACACACACACAGUAUAUACACACACCUGGGACCUCUUUCAUCACCGUUCUUAACAGGCAAUUAUGCAUAUUCCUCUCAGCCUAUAUUCCACAGUCCGGUGUGGGGAGUUGUUGUAAUGUAACGGUUUGCUUUUUCACAAACGCGUGUCAACCCCUGUUGAAUGUUACCUUCGCAGAAUAAUGGCGGAUGACUCGUUUAUGUUUUCGUUUUGUUUUGUUUUUUAUAUUCUCUGAUCAUUUGUGCCGUUUUAAGCUAAUGUAGAUAGACUGUUGUUAGCACAUGAUAGGAAAUGUCAGGAUAAAAGGCAGUGGUCGUACAACUUCUAAUAUUUGGAAUUCUUGUAAAGGUAAGCAGACGUCAUACAUCAUUGAUGUAAUAGCCGAUGGUGUGAAUGUUAUUUGUUUAAAGUAAGCAUAAAGGGUUGGCAAGUAUUGGUCAUGAGUUGCGUGGUUGGUAGCCCUUCACCCAGUCCGACAGAUACCGUGUGUGCGUUUGCGUGUGUGUGCAUUUUCUCUGCUUGUGUGUGUGUGUGUGUGUGUGUGUGUGUGGUUGUCCCAGUGCUUUUCUACCAAAAGCUGCUUUUACACAACGUGCCCCACCAUGUGUGUGUAUUUGGGGAUACCGAAGAUGGAGAAUAGCAGUAAAUGGAAAAAUGAUCCUCUUUCUUACAGUCUAACGGUAUUCAGCAUCGGUAGUUUAGGAUAAAACCCUUUUUUUCUCGGUUUGAGACCUGCAAUUAUCCUGCCAUUUCUAAGGGUCUUAAUACUUUAUUUGCUUAUGCGGUGCCCUCGGGUUCAGCGCUGGGCUUCAGCGUUUUUCGCAGUAUGGAUCUUUGGCUUGCUGUUUUUUUUUAUUUAUUUUUUUAAGCCUUUUUUUGUGUGUGUAUGUGUGUGUAUUCUCUGCACUUUACUGCUGCGUGGGUGAAGCACAGGGAAGGGAGGGACUGACGAUGCAUCGUGGAACAGAGUGCAGAUGUGGCUGCACGAGAACGGGUGGAGGUGAUUUAUUUUGAGCGGAUGUUGUUGGGAAAGGAGGAGAAUCCCGGGUGGAGGCGGGUAGUGUGGAAGGGACCACAGCGAACAAAGGACAUGUCAUUUUAGUACGCGCAUACUUCUAAUUUCCUAUUCAUGUUUUCUUUCUCUUUUUAAAGAAACACCCUUUUGCUCCUUGUUGACCUCCCGUCAGAGUGAAAGCGACAUUCCUCCUGCUUCGGUGACUUCCCUCUAGCUCGAGCUCGCUGCGUGUUUGUCUCCGACCUGUCCGGUUUUGUCUUUUAGUUUGGCAAAUGAUUCUCCUCCUCGUUUCUUUGUUUCCUAGAAUGCACUUUCUACUAAAAUUCUUGGCUAGUUAAUGAAAAAAUAACAUGUAUAUUCUUUAAAGAUGUUUUAAAAAAAAAUCAAAUAUACUUUUUCCCCUUUGUAUUUUUAACCACUUAAUGUAGCAUUGCGUAUUUUAUUAUUGUAUCUGGUACAACAUGUGCAGCUUUACAAUGUCCCGGUUUGUCCUUUUUUGUAUGUUAUCUGGAGAAUGUGGAGUGAAAAGUUGGGCCUUUUUUGAUAAUGUACAUUAAACUGACUGCUAAACUUUGAGAAGUAAAAACAAGUAGCCAUGAUUA